AUGAACUACCUCUGGGGCGCAGUGAAUGCCAUCAGCGCCCCAUACCAGUACUACAAGGAGCUCCCGCCUCUCAAUCCUUCUACGCUCACUGGUGCGAUUGAUGUCAUUGUCAUUCGGAGGUCGACCGCGGACGGGGGCUCCGAGCUGGCGUGCUCGCCCUUUCACGUCAGGUUUGGGAAAUGGCAGGUCCUGCGGCCUGCGGAGAAGAAGGUCAAUGUCUCCGUCAACGGCAAGCUCAUCCCCUUCAACAUGAAGAUCGGCGAUGCCGGCGAGGCCUUCUUCGUCUUCGAGACAGAAGGCGAAGUCCCAGACGAUCUGAUCACCAGUCCCCUGCUUGAACCGACCAAGCCCGGCGAGGCGAGCACCCACGUUGACGAGGGCUCCCGCUUUGGCGCGAAGGAUACAUAUCGAGACGCCGAAGGCGCCCCGCAACGCGUUGAAGAAGCCGUGCAAGAACCUGACUUUCUGGAUCUUAACGCGUCCAACACUCCCGAUUCGAGCAUACCCGCGCCAGAGCCUCCUUCCCCCAGAUCGAAGACAGGGCCUUCUGGGCUGUCUCUCUUGAAGCCCAUGUCGGAUGAGCGCGACUACCCAGAACCAGGCGAACCGCCUACCUUCCUCGGUCGCACAGCCGGCUUGGGCAAGGUGAUCGUGGACGCGAUCGUCGAGACGGAGAAGGAGAAGAGCGCCCAACUCAAGGACAACCUCGUCGCUGCACGCGACCUCGCUCAAAGCAUCACGACAAGUAGAAAUGAGCACAACGACCCAUUACACGUAGAUACACCACAAGACAAAGGUGACGAAAUAUUGCCCAAAGUCAAGACUGAAGAUCUCGAAGCCCCAGAUAAGCAAAGCAGCGGCUCGUCGACGAUAGUGCCGAGCCCGGACGCUCAGACACACGAUCCUUCAGUGUUACCUGCUCCUACGUCCCUUCCCGACGAAGACGCUCCUAUACGCAAAUCCAGGCCGCCGACCCCGGAGGAAGCUAAAGGCCAGACCAGAUUCGCGAAGACGCUGCGCUUGACAUCCGAUCAGCUCAAACAGCUGGAUCUGCAGCCCGGCGCGAACACGAUCACCUUUUCUCUCUCGACAUCCAGCGUGGCCGCAUGCACCGCGCGAAUAUUCGUGUGGGAGGGGACGGACCAGAUCGUGGUCUCUGAUAUCGAUGGGACCAUCACGAAAUCUGACGCCCUCGGACACGUGUUCACGAUGAUCGGGAGGGACUGGACACACUUGGGUGUGGCCAAACUCUACACCGAUAUAUGCCGAAAUGGGUACAAGAUCAUGUAUCUGACGUCCCGCGCAAUUGGACAGGCAGACUCGACGAGGUAUUAUCUGCAGGGCAUCAAGCAGAACGAUUACCAGCUGCCGGAGGGCCCCGUCAUCAUGAGCCCCGACCGGCUCAUGGCCUCGUUGCACCGGGAGGUGAUCAUGCGCAAGCCAGAGGUGUUCAAGAUGGCUUGUCUGCGGGAUAUCCAGCGCCUGUUCAGCCCUGCGGCGUCAGACCCGUUCUACGCUGGAUUCGGGAACCGGAUCACGGACGCGCUGUCCUACCGAAGCGUCAACAUCCCUAGUUCUCGGAUAUUCACCAUCGACUCGAACGGCGAGGUCAAGAUGGAGCUGCUGGAGCUGGCGGGCUACCGGUCCCCCUACAUCCACAUGACGGACCUCGUGGACCAGAUGUUCCCUCCCAUCCAACACAAGUGGGAAAGCGAGUUCACGGACAACAACUACUGGAAGGCGCCCAUGCCCGAGUUCCCGCUCCCAGAUCUCGCGCCGCCCUCGCCCGCACUGAGCGCGCGCUCAGACACGUCCAACCAGAGCGCGCUCGCGCGCCUGCGGAACUUCAGCCUGCGGAGCACCGGCAACAGGGCGUCGUAUCCCGCGCUCCCGCCGCCCGCGGUGGCUGCGCGCCGUGGGCGGAACAUGGGCGACGAGCGCGAGCCGCGCCUGCGGCAGUUGUCGAGCCUCGAGCGGCUCGGGGGCGCGCUCGCGGGCCUCGCGCCGUCGAGCCGGAGCCGGAGCCGGAGCCCCGAGUCGUCGUCGGAGACGUACCUGGACUCGGAGGACGACGGCGAGGGCGAGGGCGAGGGCGAGGACGGCGAGAAGGCCCGCGGGGGGCCGCGCGUGCGGACGCGGAGCAUGGAGAGCAUGCCGGGGUCGUUGCCGGGGUCGAGGACGUCGCUCGACGACGACGAAGAGGAGGACCUGGAGUUCGGGGCUGGGGACGAGGCGUACGAGGGCGAGGACGAGGAUGUCAACGAGGAGGCUGCGGAGCAGGCGUUCGACGAGGACCUGUUGGCGGCGGGCGAGAUGGAGAACGUGCCGUUCUUGUAG